GUGUUCGGUUGUCAGCGGCACCAGGAUCACCGCCAGCGGCGGUCGUAUUACAUCCAACGAGGGAAAGCUCUAUUUCUCAAUUAUAAAAAAUUAACCGAUCCUCACGGCGGACGCGUUUUAAAUAUUCAAAUUUCGCAUUCUGCGGUGCGGAACUCCGCCUACUUCUUCCCCUGGGAAAUCGCCCCCGGCCACGGCCUCCAGCCACGUGGUCCGACGACGAAACGAAGAGUUUUUGCCCAAGGUCGUCUACGUCCUACAGGACCUCGAACAUCCGGCAUGGAACUCGACGACGACUGGACAGGGAGCGUGGAGUUGAAAAUCGCGUUGGAUCAUCCGCAGGGUGUAUUUUACCCGGGAAAUCAAGUGGCCGGGAAAGUUCUCGUCAGCUGGAACGAGCCGAAGAUAUUCUUAGGACUACGAGUGAAGUGCGAAGGAACGGGUUUGGUCUUCUUCACCGACAGGUCGGCUGGCUUUCGACGAAAAUUUUCCAACGAUGAGUCCUACCUUGCCCGGGAAGUCUACCUCAUUGGUGACGGAGAGUCGCCGGUGAGCACUGAGGGUGGUCAAAACGAAUUUCCGUUCUCCAUUGACCUGCCCGAAGAGAUACCGGGGAGUUUUGAGGGCCGGUAUGGCCGAGUCAGAUACAGCGUCUCGGCCUUUUUGGACCUCACUAACGUCGUGCGGAUAACCAGCAGCCUGCCGUUCACCGUUGUGCCUGUUCUGGACCUGAAUCAAGACUCCCUCGCAACGCUUCCAAUCAGCGAGGACAACUCAAAGGUCGUAGUGGGUCAGACGGAGCCGUUGAACAUGCUGGUCACGUUGCCGGUUCGCGGAUUCGUACCUGGCCAGACUAUCCCGGUCAAGAUCGUCCUGAACAACGUUUCCAACGUCGAGAUCAGGAAGCUUCGAGUGGUUUUCAAGAAGGUGAUCACGUACCACACGCAUCGUAAAUCGCGUCGUCACAAGGAGAUCAUAGUCGAAAUUGAAUUGCCGGUAACCAAGAGUUGCCAGGUUUACGAGACGGGGGUCGAUGUCCCCGCCGUGCCGCCGACGGGGUUGAAAUUCUGCAGCAUAAUCGACGUCUGGUACACGCUGAAGGUCGAGGCUUGCGUCGAGGUGAACGAGUGGUACCUCAGGAUGCUGCAGAAGAACCUUAAGACGAGGAUGCGGAUCGUGGUGGGAACGAUUCCCCUGCGACACUACGAAACUCCCGAGGAAGAAUUGCCCGGUGAAGGUACAGGGAGGCAAACGGAAGUCGGGAACAUCGGUGAAAAGCCGAAAACCGACGAUUUCGCUGAGAAUCCGAGCCUCUACGAGGAGAGUAAAAUCUAUCCGUCGUCAAAACCUAACCGAGACGAUCCCCCCGGAGAUGAGGAGGCGGAAAACGGAUCUGGAAACACUUACGCGCCGUUGUAUCGCGUUUAUACAUUCAACAAGUCGAAAAGGAACAAUCACGCUUCAAAAUCUAACCAUUAACGAUUCGCUGAUGAUGUUUAACGUUUUACCUGCAGCAAACAUCUGCCAAUUCAAAUUUCGUCCGCGUAUAUAUUAAUAUGUUGUCACGUAAUAUACAUACAUACAGAGUGAUAUGCUAACGACCGAAUGGUUUAACGCGCAUGCGCUAAAAUUCGAAAGAAAGAGCAGUCGUUUUUUUCAGGGUGACCAAAAUUUGAAAACUCAGACUCUCAAAAAUUUUAAGAGACGUCGGUCAUCUGAAUCUACGAAUGUUGAUCACCCUUGCAAGUCAACUGAUGUUGCUCUCGAAUUUCAGUGCAGGCGCAUUAAAUCAUUCAGUCAUUACGAAUUCACUCUGCAUGUACACUGGACCGUUUGAAAAUAAUUUGUUUUUUUAUAUCUUCAUGGGACUUACACCUAAAAAACUUUGUUUCAGUCCUAAAAAGUAUCCUCGUAGAAGCGGAACUCUGUAGCUUAUCAGAAAGGCAUUGCGCGCUAGACUUUUCCAAUUUUUUUUGUUCUCUACAAUUGAUAUUUUGCGCAACUUUUACUUAGUUCAGCUUUUGAGACUCUUUCUCUA